AUUUAAGCUAAGCUACAGCCGAUUGUAAUACUAUUGUACACAUGUUGUACUGUCGGUAGGUGUGUUGUAACAGGUCCAGUGAUCGCAGGAAGCUGCGGCUCAUCUCUCAGCUGCCGAUGGAGCACAUCCGACUACCAAAGGUGGAGAACGUCAGGCUGCUUGACCGAGUCUCCCCUAGAAGGAGUACGGUGGGCACCAUCUACCUGACAGCCACUCACACCAUCUUUGUGGAGAACGCAGCUGGAGCGCGCAAUGAAACAUGGGUGCUUCACAGUUUGGUGUCCAGCGUAGAGAAACAAGCCGCCACAGCCUCAGGAUGUCCCCUGAUCAUUCACUGCAAGAACUUCCAGGUUCUUCAUUUUGUCAUACCUCGAGAGCCCGAGUGCCAUGACGUUCACCUGUCCCUACAGCGUCUUUCCCAGCCAGAGAGUUACGAGGAGCUAUAUUGCUUCUCCUAUAAGCCUAACGUGGAUGAGGAGGAGAGAAGGCAGGAAUGGGACUUCUUGGACGUCAACACUGAUUAUAGCAGAAUGGGACUCCCAAACUCCCUGUGGAAACUCUCCCCUGUCAACCAACACUACAAGGUGAGUGACACUUACCCCACUGCCCUGUUUGUACCCGAUUCUGCCGCACCUCCGGUCAUAGUUGGGAGCUCCAAGUUCAGAAGCAGAGGCAGAUUUCCAACUCUGUCAUACUACUCCAGAGAAAAUCAUGCUGCCAUCUGCCGUAGCAGCCAGCCCCUGUCAGGUUUCAGCGCUCGCUGCCUGGAGGACGAACAGAUGCUGGAGGCUAUCUUGAGGUCCAACCCCCGCAGCGACUUCAUGUAUGUGGUGGACACUAGGCCUAAGCUGAAUGCAAUCGCAAACCGAGCUGCAGGAAAAGGCUACGAAAAUGAAGACAACUAUUCCAACAUUAAGUUCCAGUUCAUCGGCAUCGAGAACAUCCACGUUAUGAGAAACAGCCAACAAAAAAUGCUAGAUGUGUGUGAGCUGCGUUCCCCCUCCAUGUCCCACUUCCUGGAAGGUCUGGAGAGCUCAGGCUGGCUGAAGCACAUCAAAGCUGUUUUGGAUGCAGGCAUCUUCAUCGCCAAGGCUGUUGCAGAAGAGGGUGUCAGUGUCCUGGUUCAUUGUUCAGACGGUUGGGACCGCACCGCCCAGGUGUGUUCAGUGGCCUGUGUACUGCUGGAUCCGUACUACAGGACCCUCAGAGGACUCAUGGUUCUCAUCGAGAAAGACUGGGUCUCGUUUGGACACAAGUUCUCUCACAGGUGCAACCACCUGGUCGGAGACCCUAAAGAGGUAUCUCCCAUCAUAGAUCAGUUCCUGGAGUGUGUGUGGCAGCUUAUGGAGCAGUUCCCCUGUGCCUUUGAGUUCAACGAGAGGUUCCUCAUCACCAUUCACAGUCACAUCUACUCCUGCCAGUAUGGCAACUUCAUUGGUAACAACCAGCGGGAGAGGAAAGAGCUCGGAUUGCGUGAGAGGACUCACUCUUUGUGGAGUUAUCUAAUGACGAGCCAGGCAGACUACAUCAACCCUCUGUACCGACCAGACCACAGCCAGACACAGGGGCUCCUCCAGCCAUCUACUGCCCCCUACUGCUUUAAGUUUUGGAGAGGGCUGUACAACCGUUUUGACCGAGGGAUGCAUCCUCGACAGUCAGUGGAGGAUUAUCUGAGUGCCAUCCAAGAGGAGACACAGCAGCUGGAGGAGCAGCUGGCUUCACACAAACAGAAAAUUGCUCAGCUGGAGCAGGAGCAGGGGUGGCCUGUCACCCAGAAAGCAACCACCUUUGAUAAGAGCCCCACGGCAUGGGCUCAUGGUAAUGACUUCAGGCUGGCCAACACCCCUCAGGAUUACACCGGGGGCUUCAUCACCAGCAGCCCCUGUCAGUCUAAAGCACCAGACAGCAGCCUGAUCCUCCUGCCCCAGGAAUUGAGGCAAACGUCGGAAUCCAGCCUUUCCAACGGCAGCGACCAGGAGUCAGGGAUUGCAGACCUGAGCUGUCGUUCACCUCUCAGCAAGGACAGCACCCGGGAUCCAGACUCUGAUGAAGCUGCCUACUCCACUGCCUGAGCAAAUGUAGCAUUUGGCGGAAGGUGGAGCACCAACCACCCGUUCACGGGGUCACUGAACAAACACUACUCUUUUACAAGACUUGCACUUUUGUUUGCAUGUGGUGUGGCGGACUCUCUCUGUUUGCCACAUACAUACUAGUUAAUAGCUGUUUACUGUAGCUGAACACAUUUUACUUCUUACCCUGGUGAAAGAAAUUAAGAUUGUAAAAGUAAUAGGAAAGCUGAAUAUAAAGGGCAAGUUAACAGUUAACAGUGAACAAUUCAAUGCAGAGUGUGUCAACUCAUCAUAUUCAUGAUGAGCCAUUUAGCUGUGCACGCUUGCUUUUUACUAUGGUCGUCCAUAUUCGUUUAUUUAUUUGGCUUUACAUUGUAAACACCAAAAAGGAUGUGUCAGCUGCACUUUGAUAUUGAGUUUUCAAAGCAAUAUGAAAUAAUUAAGAGCGCUCCAUUUGAACCAAAUCAUCUUUGUGGGUAGCUCCAUUGAUCUUAGAGAGCAAAAUGAUUGAAACAAUCACAUGAUAAUACAACAAAUGGAUAAAAUGCGGAGAGUGAAAAACCCAGCAGACUCGAGUUGAAGCUCAUCAACAAGGAUAAGACAAAUGUGGACAGACAAUUGGCUGUUACAGGUGCUAACUGGCAUUCAGAAUGACUCAAUUUGUAGCAUUUUUGUAAAGAUUUAUCUCCUUUAAAUCAUUUUCCAUACUGUGUUUUGGCUGUCGCACCUUAUGGUCACUGCCACUCACAGGCCAUCUGGAUUCAAGAUUUCAGGUUGGCCUGAAAGAGCAGCAGUAAUCCCGUUCUACCCACAAUUUAGUUCAAAUGGGUAAUGUAGCCAUUUUUCCAUUCCAAAAAAUAUAUUAAAAGUAAACUUAACUUACUCAGCACACCACAGUGACCACAGAUACAUUUUUGGAGUCAUAACUCUACAAUAACCAGUGGUUCGUUGUGGUUGAUUGGCACCUUGUGGUCCACACCUGGGUAUUUCAACUAGAUAGAUUUGAAAUUUUAUUGAAGACAAGGCAACAUUAUACAUUUGUGUCCACAAAAUUUCAACACCAGAUUUGAUGUGAUCAAAUCACAUUUCUUACCAAAGGAAACAGACCUGUCUACUGGUGUAAAUAGUCCACACAGUAAAUGAUAGGCCUACUAGAUACAGCAGACUAGAGCAUGUGAACACAAAUGUACUGCUGCUUCGGGCAGCAGAUGAUUGACUGACUUGUUGAAUAUUUGUGCCAUCUCAACUGUAAAAUUAGCAUUAAAGCUACUGACUUAGGGUAUUGGAGUACACACUAGGUGCACUCCAGUACUGCACAUGAACAAUGCAGAGAUGAUCAAGCAAAGCAUGUUGAAAUAUUUUUGUACUAUGACCUAUUUUUUGACUAUUGUCUGUAAUGCAUGUUGUUUUGUAUUUGUGUAUCAGAGGGUAUACAAUGUCUGGUCUAAAGGAUUUAUGACCUUGUAUGAAAGAAAGAGCUGCUUUUAUUUGUUCAUGUAGACUAGGAGCCAAAUUUGUCAAACUGAUCUAAAUGCAAAAAUGUAUAGUUAGUGUCAAUUUUCUCUUGAAAUAAAUAAAUACAUUAUUAUUGUCAAUGA